CAGUGACGUUUGAACAGCAGUAGGGAGCAGAGGCUUCUUCAGAACGCAACGCUUUUUCAUGAUUGCGAAAUAAACUUAUAUAGCGUGGUUGGUGCACAAUAAGGCUUAACGCGCCCUAUUUUCACGCAUUGAAGUUCAACAACUUACAUCUCAGUGCAAUUUAUCCGAAUUUAAAAAACAACCAUGAACUUGGUUCCAACGACGAUGGACGGAAAAAAAUGCCCCGAGAUUUCCAAUACCCCAACACCCAAAUCGCUUAACAACAGCGAUGACGUUAUUGAACACAUCAAAAGUUGGAUUCAGUUAGACGACAAAUCGAAAAUGCACGAAGAUGCCGUUAAACACAUCGAGUCGUUUGUGGAUCGACAAAUUUCUUGUUUGGAGUCGACUGUAAUCGAGAGACAAUACGUUAAAGUCGUAUUAGAAAUGUGGCUGAGAAAGAGUUUACGAAAGGCUGUUGAUUACCUAAAUGAUGAAAAAAUCGAUAUCGGCGUCGAAAUGCCCACUUUAUUGAAAGAAUUAAAUUCCAUCAAUUCAUUUGAAGAUAUUGGCCUCAAACUAAAUGAAGCGACGUGUCAACUGACAAAUCUGUGUGACGCAGGAUGUCAAUAUUUAGAACUGAUACUCGAUCAGGUGGAUCUUUUCAAAAACACUUCCCGUUUUUCGGUUCUUGUUGCCAGUUAUUUCAAGCAAUUUAAAGCGUCUUGCAUUGACAAAGUCUUUUCCAGGUGUCUGGAUGACGUUGGUAAAGAUCAAACUAAUGGCAAGAGAAAUCGGGAACUUAUUGUCGCACUUAAUGCGCUCUUACAAGUCGCCAGUGAAGACGUAGGAAUUCAAAAUGUUUUGGAGAAAAAUUUUACGGGAAAGGACGUCAAAGACUUUGAUGACGCAAACGGGAAAGACUUGAUCAACCAACUGGUGGAGAUUUUUGCAAGCUGCAGAGAUUUUACUAAAAACGAAUCAUCAGAAUGGUUAAAUUAUCUAAAAUCAGAAAAAGAAUGGGCACCGAAGUUGCAAGUUUUGGUCAAAGAGACGUGCAAGCCAUUCCUGUUUCCCAAGACGACGAUUGAAAUCACGGACGAAUAUGGAAGAAAAAUCAUUUUCAUCAAAGGCGUCUCUGUGUUUGUCAGUAAAAUGAUUGAAGAAAUGAAACGACUGAAAGAAAAUAAUCCGGAAGUGCAAGAAAUCCAGAUGGUCGGACUGUCAUCCGUUCACAUCGACUGCCACCUAGAGAACAAAACCUGGCACGGAACAAACGUGGGAAUCGUUGCUGAUAAGAUCUUUGUUGACUACGAAGUGUGCCGGAAGGGCCAUAAAAGUAUCGCUCAAGCGAAAGAAGAGACUACCGAGCCGAAGGCGGCUCAUAAUUUUGUGGACGAUUUCUGCGUCUGCUGGGAUAUUUCGGGCGAAAACGGAGAACCUGGUCGACCGGGUACUAGCGGUGGAAAAGUACACAUCAUUUGUAACGAAAUGUUCGGCGCUGAACAAUGGAAGAUUAUCUCUGAUGGAGGUGACGGAGGAGACGGAAAAAACGGCACUAAUGGUGAAGCUAAUGGUGAAGGAAAGCCAGACAGAAAGGCCAGUAAGUGGUCCAAAGAAUAUUUCAAUCAAGCGUUUCCUUCUAUGUCGAUCUUCGAAACGGGAGAACAGACAGAAGACAAAGUUCCAGAUGAUGCAAUUCAAACCGUUUUGACGACGCUAAACGAUUUGUUGCCAGUUGAAAAUCGAAAAUCUGGCAAAGAUAUCCAAUCAGACUACCGAGGUAAUUUUUUCAUCGACGGCACUGCGAAAGAUGGCAGUAAAAUCACCGUAUCCUACUAUCAGUCCAAGACAAAAAAACACACGCUUGUUUUCUGCCAAGGAAGUUCCAUCGGACAAGGUGGAUCUGGAGGCACCAUGAUCUUUGAAUGCAUGACUGGAAAAAACUCGUUCGCAUUCGAAUCCAGCGUUCCAGUCGUUGGUAAGGAAAAUCGUCAACCAAGGGCUGUGCGUAUGGGUGUCUACCAAGCAAUGGGUUCUAAUGGCGCCACGGGAACACCUGUAGGAGACGUUGGUUUCAUCCACAGGCUGGACACAUCUGAGGCAUCUGCAAACAAAAAUCAGACGGGUCAUUACAUCGGCUUCGAAAAUGAUGUCAGGCUUCGGAUGGAACACGACACUACGAAACCUACAAGGCAGCCAAACGAUCCUGAUAAUUAUUACGCCAAACUAAGGAAAGGAGAAUAUGCGUCGAUCGCUCACCAUGGCCUAUCUGCGUACGGCCAAGUCCAGUCACUGCAUUCAGUGGUAGUUAAUGCCACGAAAAAGAAGGGCAUCAUUCGCCAAAGUCUUGCCCACCACUUUUUCAAGUAG